CUGUCUGUCGGGAACUACCUUUGGUGCUUCGACUGUAAACAUGGAAAACAAUGCAGUUUCUUGCCGUCAUUAACGUUCGGUGAAGACACGACACACAAAUUGUCGAUGUCUUGCAAUGAUUCUCUAAGAUAGCAAACAAACGGAAAUAUUUUUGUCGUGUUUUUCAAGUAUUAUUUCGCAAUUGAAGAUAACGCGCGUGUUGAUGAGCGGAGGUGGAGCUGAUGUUUCAUAAUAACUAUUUUUAGAAUAGGUCAUCCUUUAUGGUUUGAAAUUUAAAUAUUUAGCAGCCACGGGACUUGUUUAACUUUUAUCUUUCCUAGGAUAUCUUUUUUGGCGUCAGUGAGUCCUCGCAUCCAGCCUCCCGAUGGCGAUUAAUAAAACAUACAUCAGCAUAGCCUAUGCCUCUUUUGGCAUGGUUAUGGGAUUUUCCGCUUUUUUGGUGUGGAAUGUUGCCUAUAAACAGCCAUGGACAGCGGCAAUGGGUGGAUUAUCAGGUGUGCUGGCUCUGUGGGCGCUGGUGACCCAUGUGAUGUACCUGCAGGACUACUGGCGCACCUGGCUGAAGGGCCUCAAGUUCUUCCUCUUCAUCGGCCUCUUCUUCUGCCUCCUGGCCACCAUCGCAUUCUUCACCUUCCUCUCCGUCGCCAUCAUACGCAAAGAAUCGUUCACGGACCCGGCCAGCCUGUUCCUGUCGUGUGUGUGGAGCUUCAUGACUCUGAAGUGGGCCGCGGUGCUCUCCCUCUCUGCCCAUCGUUACCGCAAGGAGUUCGCAGACAUCUCUAUCCUCAGUGACUUUUAAUGCACAACGCACAUGUGCGCACGCACACACACACACACACACACACACACACACACACACACACUUACAUAUUACAUAUUUUACACAUUACAUACACACAUGCCCACAAAGCGACACAUUUUACCACAGAGUUCAGACAUUGACAUCCUCAGUGACUUUUAACACAAAACACACACUUUACAGAUGCACAUUCUUUAAUGCACCACUUUAUAUGCUUGUGUGGUUACAGUGCAUAGACAUACAAGGGCAAGAAAAGAUGCGUGCGGGCACAAACACACACACUCACACACACACGCUCCUAUACAAUUGCUACAUGUGUGGACCUUGUGUCAUAGUAAGAUGACACUCUGAGGAUCCAAGAGGGAGUGAAUGGCACAGACGGCUGUGUAGUUGUGUGGUAUGACUGGGAGAAGAUGGAGAAAGAGAAAGAGAGAGAAAGAGAGAGAGAAAGAAAGAGAGACCGUUGAAAUUCUUGUGAUUUUUCUUUUCUUUUCAUUUUUCAAUAUUCACUCCCCACCCUUUUUUGUCUCCUCUCCUGUACUGUGCAAAACGUCAUGCUUUUAUGACCUUAUUUUAAACGUCAUCUCCUGAUACACAAGUGAUGUAUGUACUUUGUAUGUAUGGUGGAACUUCUUGCCUUUCCUGUUUCUCCUAUCCAACCUGUCUGUGUGAUAUCUGCCACUUUAUUAUUUUAUUUUUUUACAACAAAACAGACUAACAAGCAAAUGACAGAACAAAACACAUUCAUGCACACAACAAAAACGCAUCCCAGCAACAGAACCAUUUUACCACUGGCUUGUAAUCCACCAUCUGUACCACAGGAGGGCGGUGUGCUCCACUGUUUGACUUUGUCAAAGCCUGCGCUGGCCAUUGCUGUGUAACCCACAUGUGUCCGGGUAUGCUCUGCACACCUUCAUUAGAGACUUUUGUACAGUAUGUAGCCAUGACGAUGGAAGAAGUGGACCUCGCCGACACCUACACACCCCCCACCCAUCCACUGCCUCCCCAACCUGACUUCCACUCCCUCCUCCCUCAACCCCAGCUAGCUUGCCCACAGGGAGAUGCGAUUGCACUUUUUUUACGAUGGCUACUCGUGUCCUAGAGCCCACUUCACUAGUGGCCAUCCUGAUGAUCUUGGGACGUAUGGAAGCCUGGGUGUCUCUGGUGUGUGUGUGUGUGUGCGUGUGUGUGUGUUUCAAUAACCCCCCUCCCAAGGCAUUAUUAUUAUACACGUGAAGCUUUUCCCUUUUCAAAACACAUCUCUGUACAGAUGUGCACAUACCAAAUGAUCAUAGACUAGCAUGCUGAUUUUUUGUUUAAUUGCAUUUUUGUUUGCUAUUCUAAUGCAGUGGUGACUAAACAAUGUUAAAAGUGUUCUGUCAGUCUCUCAAUGUUCGAUUGUCACUAAAGGAAGUUGAGGAUUCAAAGGAUCAAUAUUGGAAUAGCUGUUUGUCAAAGAGCCCUUUUUUAUUAUUGUGUUUGAUAACUGUUGCUGAAUGUCUUUGAUGGAAGAUUGUUAGAAUGAAAGACAAGGCAAGGGAAUUUUUAUUUUAUUUUAUUGUAUUGCAGAGUUUUUAUAGCAUUCUCGUUAUUGUUUGAAGCCGAUGGUGUUGUGUGAGGGGAUCUUUUGUUGUCUGAGCGAUGACCUCACAGAGGAAAUGUGAAAGGCUGACUCCAGAUCAGCGAAUCAGUGGUGUCAUCACAAGAGGUCAUGACCUGAACCCUGCUCCGUGGCGGGACUCACUAGUUUCACGCCGUCUCAGCCGGUGAAUGGGGGGGAUUUGGGGUUGUGCGUAACAAGCAGUUGCAUUGGGGUGUCGUUUGCUAAAUCACUUCUUUUAAAUCGGUUGCUUAAAUAACCAAUAAGCCUACUAUAGUUUAUUUGAUGGUGUACUUCAGCUGAAAACACGUAGCCUACCAGCUAUCCUCUGCACCGUGGGGCAGCUGUCAUUCUGAAUGACGUCAGGCGCAAGUACAGCCCUCCCGGCCGAGACGGCGUGAAACUAGAGUCCAAUUCAGUGGCCUCAGAUCAACCCAACUGAACACACCAAACAACCAAUUAUGCUUGUCUCUUUCCAUAUAGUAACCAUGACUGAUUAUUUUUGUCUUUUUUAGGGCCAGAGCACAGAAGGCACCUAACACUUUUUUUGCUCUGUUUCUUCUCAUAAUUUUUUCUUGUUUGUCUUUUUGUUGCUUUUGUCUUUAAUUUGUGUUUAUUUACAGUAUGGGUAGGCCUUCAUAGUCGCAUUGUAAUGCAUUUAUGAUAACUCGACUCACUUGUCAGGUGAAUAUCCAAGUGCAUCCUCAUCAUCAUCAUCAUCAUCGUAAUGCGCUGUUAUAAUAACAGUCGUUUUUCAAGUAUGAUAUAAUGUGUGUAUGUACUGUCUUCGAAAGGCACACUAAUAAAAAUGUACUUUUAUGAGAGAA